UCCAAGACGAAGGAUUUCAUUUCAACUCAAACACUCCUUUUUCACGUGAGACUUUGCUUUUUACCGGCUGUGGACAUGGAUGGGAGUAAAGUUCAUAUUCAUGAACAUCAAUGACAACUCGUGUUUUUUAAUGGCCACAGCCCACUAGACUUCCAAUGGGACGUCUAUGAGACGCACUGGAACCACCUGAGACCAGUGUUGACCCGUGGAAAUGUGGCCCGAGAGAGGAGGCUCCCCCGUGCGCCUCCUGCUCCUCCUGCUCCUGCUGCUCUGCUGCUGCCCUGGAGGACGAUGCGAGCUCCAGGUGUCGAAGCCCACGCCGCAGACGGAGGCGGCGACCGGCGGCAUCGACCUCUUCCCCAACGAGCUGGACGAGGCCCAGGCCUUCCCCGACGAGGAGAAGGCCCACCUCCCCGUGUUCACCAUGGACUACCCUCGCAUCCAGGUCCCCUUUGAGUUCACGCUGUGGGUCCUCCUGGCCUCUUUCGCCAAGAUCGGAUUCCACAUCUACCAUAAGAUCACCAUCUGGAUCCCGGAGUCCUGCCUCCUGAUCUCCGUCGGCCUCAUCGUGGGCGCCAUCAUGCACUCGGUUCAGGAGGAGCCGCCCGCCGUCCUCAACUCGGAUGUCUUCUUCCUCUUCAUGCUGCCGCUCAUCGUCCUGGACAACGGCUACUUCAUGCCCACCAGGCCGUUCUUCGAGAACAUCGGCACGGUGCUGUGGUACGCCGUGGUGGGAACCCUGUGGAACAGCAUCGGCAUCGGGAUGUCCCUCUUCGCCAUCUGCCAGUUCGAGGUGUUUGGAGUCCAGGACAUCAACCUGCAGGAGAACCUGCUGUUCGCCUCCAUCAUCUCCACCGUGGACCCCGUGGCGGCGCUCAACGUGUUCGAGGACAUCGGCGUCAACGAGCAGACGUACAUCAUCAUCUUCGGAGAGGGGCUCUUCAACGACGCCGUCACCGUGGUGCUCUACAACAUGUUAACCUACCUGGCCGUGCUGCCCGUCGUCGAGCCCACCGAUGUGUUCGUGGGCGCCGCCCGGUUCUUCAUCGUGGCGCUGGGCGGCGUCCUCUUCGGCCUCCUGUUUGGCUUCGCGGCGGCGUUCACCACGCGCUUCACCCACAACGUGCGGCAGAUCGAGCCCCUCUUCGUCUUCAUGUACAGCUACCUGGCGUACCUGGUGGCCGAGUGCUUCGCCAUCUCCAGCAUCAUGGCCCUGUUGACGUGCGCCAUCACCAUGAAGUACUACGUGGAGGAGAACGUCUCCCAGAGGUCGUGCACCACCAUCCGCCACGUGGUGAAGAUGCUGGCCACCAUCUCCGAGACCCUCAUCUUCUUCUUCCUGGGCGUGGUGACCAUCACCACCGAGCACGAGUGGAACUGGGCCUACAUCCUGUUCACGCUGCUGUUCGCCUUCCUCUGGAGAGGCAUCGGCAUCCUGGUCCUGACCCAGAUCAUCAACCCGUUCCGGACCAUCCCGCUCAACUUCAAGGACCAGUUCGGCCUGGCCUACGGCGGCCUGCGGGGCGCCAUCUGCUUCGCCCUGGUCUUCACUCUGCCCGACAACAUCAACAGGAAGAACCUGUUCGUCACGGCCUCCAUCACCGUCAUCAUAUUCACCGUCUUCAUCCAGGGCAUCAGCAUCCGUCCAAUAGUCGAGUAUCUGAACAUCAGGAAAACCAACAAAGACCUGAACAACAUCAACGUGGAGGUUCACGGCAGGAUGAUGGAGCACGUCCUCAGUGGGAUUGAGGACUUGUGUGGACAAUGGAGCCACUACUACUGGAAAGACAAGUUCAAGAAGUUCAACGACCGCGUUCUGAGGCGCAUCCUGCUCCGGGACAACCGGGCCGAGUCCAGCAUCGUGUCGCUGUACAAGAAGCUGGAGCUGCAGGUGGCCAUCGGGCUGCUGGACGGCCCGAUGGGCGACCUCAGCGCGGCGCCGUCUCUCGUGUCCCUGAACGACAAGAGGAAGGAGUCGUCGCGGCCCAAGAAGAAGUUCCUUCCCGCCGACGUGAGGAAAAUGCAAGACAUCUUGUCGAAGAACAUGUACAAGAUCCGACAGAAGACGAUGAACUACACCAACAAAUACAAUCUGCCCGACGACAGCCGAACCAGGGAGAUUCUGAUCCGCCGCCACGUGAGCGUCAGGCGCAGCCUCCGCGCUGAGAGCUUCCGUGAGCCGCCUUCGCGAAACAUCCCCAAGUCUCAGAAGUACUUCUCGCUGCAGCCGGGGGGGGAUCUGGAGACCGCCUUCGCCCUCAGGAGGCGGAGUCACGGUGGAAGCGGAGACGUGGAGCACCUCUCCGACCUGACGCCGCGCUCCUCAUCCCGCUCCCACAUCCCCAUGAGGAGGCUGAACACCAUCGUGGAGGCCGGACAGAGCAGCCUGGAGGGGUCAGGACCCCGAGGCGGGAAGGCGCCGGCUCCUCCCCCCAAGAGGCGUCUCUCGGAUCGGGUGGACUCCGGAGAGGAAGACCCUGAACCGGUGCAGCCACCACAGCUACCUCCACCUGGAGGCUGGGCCCCCGAGAGCCAGGACCCCCGAGCCAAUGAGACGCUGCUCAGGGACUCGUCACAGGGGCGCAGAUGAAAACUACAAGCACCAAUGACCCUGAGAUGAAUCUGAGCUCCACCUCAGUGACAUCACUUCUCCCUCAGCAGCCAUAUGGCAACUUUUACCUGUUUUUAUAUCACGCUUGUGUAAUUUUUUUAGUAUUGGCCAAUAAAUGGGACUCGGCAGAGUUAUUAGUUUAUUUUUUUAUCUUAAAAUAUACGUUUUUUUUAACAUAAAUGUUAUUAAAAGAACUAUAACCAA